AUGGACAUCACACCUGCUGCUGGUAGAGUCGAGUCCGAGAAACAGCCGGCCUGUUCAACGGUCGUGGAUAUACAACCAGCGUCAUACCCAAGCCAUCCAAUCACCCAGCUCCAGGGUCCAUUCGAGGAGUCGAUUUUGGAAGCAAACAAGAGCCCCGCAGAGUUGUCGGCCGUCGAAAUCGAUGCGCAGACACGUCGGCGUGAUCUGCUGGAAAACGACGAAUAUGAGCGACUGUGUGGACGGAAAUGGCGGCAGAGAGCCGAAGAAAGAUACCAUCCUUUUUGGAAGCUGGUCUCCCAGAUGGUAUUUGGUGUCCAUCUCCUGGCCAAGCGGCUCGCAAAAUCCGAUCUCGACGUGAUGAAGAUUCUUCAGGGCCAUGUUGACGAGCUGGAUGGCUUCCUGCAAAGAACUACAGAGGACUUUAUGAUCAUUCACUUGGAUGUGCGCACUAGGAUACAAUAUCUGAGUCUACCCCUGGCCAAUCUCGAUGUGUUCGAUGAAAUGUUGCAGGACCGGAGUUUUCGAUUAUCCCUCGUGUCCUACAAUGAUCAAAUCGAACAUGCCGUCGAUAGAUUUACACUGGCUAUUACGGAUUCGCUAAAAGAUCUUCAGAAGGGCAAGGAGGCAAUGGCAGCCUUGUGGUAUUACAUGCGCCAACAGGCAAAUGAAGGCUGUUUUGAAUCGGGUCAUCUCAACCCUUUCAACCAGACCAUGACGGAAAACAUUGAGGGUUGGAUCAAGGCUAUAUCCAAGCUUCGUCGACGCGGGGCGGCACUUUCCAAGGCGCUUGGCAAAUUGGCCUUCGCAGUCACCGAGAUGCAACGGCGCGUGGGGGUGGCCAGCCGGAAGGAUGUGCAAUCCAUGAUCAAGACGAGCAACGGCGGCCCGACUCAAACCGAAUCGGUUGCACAAAGGCUUUCUGUGAAGAGUUUGGGCACUCCAGGUUCGCGUACAGUGCAUGACAAGCCCUUACCACUCGAUCCUUUCUUGCAACACAAAGCCCCUCGACCGGCCUCUCGACCGGCCUCUCGGGCAGCCAAAACGCCAACAGCAAAACACGACAGAGAUCCCAACGAUGCUAAGACCACCAAGAGAGAAAGUGUUUUCCCCAAAGUCGUUAACCGAGCGAAGUCAUGUAGCGCCCUGGUAGCAGGAGGUGAUUCUAUAGACUCUGGCGCCACGACACCUCCUCGAACGCCGGGAAGACUUACGAGACGACUCUCCAAGCCCUUCCUUCCCAAACGAUCGGCCAGUGAGAAGACGGAGAUCCCUCAAAACCGUCCAUCCACAGCACCAGAUCGGACACUCAAGUCCCGCAGUGCCUCUAUAGAACAGUUGAAGGCUAUAUGGGCAAAUGGUCGCCCUCAGACGCAGCAAACAAUGACAAAAUCACUUCCUCGUUCUCGACAACAGGCUACGCACCCUCCAAAUGGCGCUGAAACCAUGAAGGAUCAAAUCUCCCAGUUCCUGAAGACAGACCGUGUGGUUGAAGCCUGGGAAAACAUUACCGCCAAGGCAGACUGCUGUGGCCGAACACUCAUCAAGACUAAAGAGUGGCCCAGCAGUAUCUUCCGGGCCAAAUCAUCUGAGGACUUGCGAGCCCAGCCCAGCAAAUCGGGUCUUUCCGCUGCCGAAUUAGAGAAACAGUUGUCCUGGGUGCAGGAACCGGAGUUUUUGAAUACAUACUCGUUCAAACAACGGCCCGAAACUUCGCCUCGAAUCCAUGUCCUUUCUGUACAAUUGGCCCUGGAUGAAGAAUUGACUGUUGCUCAGGAGGGUGACGAGGCUUCCGAUAUGAGCGCCGAGACCGGUUCAAUAAUUACAGCACUACCAGCUUUACCACCGCCGACACCAGCAUCAAUUCCAUUGGUCAGUUGCAUAUCAUAA